AUGAGCUCGUCCUCAGGCUGGAGCCUCUUCCUCUGCUCAUUCUUAGGCCGGAGCCUCUCCCUCCGCGUGGGGCAGCUGCUCUCUACCCUCGUGCCCAUCUUGCUGACCAAUGAGGACAUUCAGGAGGUGGGUGUAAUCAACUGGUGCCUGUUCAUCUGGCGCAUCUGCUUCAGCCUGACCCUUCUCGGCUUAAUACUGGAGUUGUGUAAUCUCUUCAGACUGCCGUUAUGUGACAUCCAGCCCCUCCUCCAGCUCCACUCGUCUUGGGGUGGCGUUCUCCACGCCUUUUGCUCUUACUUCGCCAUCGUCUGCCUCUCAGCUGCUGCUAUCUACGGCCGCACCUAUAUCCAGGUCUUUUCUCCAGGCCCCACCCGGAACCGUGCCAUCACCGCCACCGUCUUCUCCUGCGUGGCUGCUCUGCUUUAUGCCAUCGAAGUGGUCUGGGUCUGUCGCCGACCCCGUGGAAUGUCCUGCUUUUGGCCCACCUUCCCAGGUGUGCUCAGGAGGCUGGAGAACUAUGUGGCCAACAUCAUCUUCGCCUUCAUCAGCAACACUGACCUGUACCAGCACCAGCCGGCCCUGGUGUGGUGUGUGGCCGUGUAUGCCAUCUGCUUCGUCCUGGGGGUCGUGAACUUCCUCGUGAAUGGGUGUGACUGUGACAACGACAAAAAGCUUCCCCUCCGCUUCCCCCGUUUGCUGUGGGUGCAGACGGUGCUCUCCGUCCUCCUCUAUUUCACGGCAGUGAUCGUCUGGCCCCUCUACCAGUUCCACGAGAAGCUGGGGGGGCAGCCCCAGCGGUCCAGUGAUAUGAGCUGCGGUGAUCAACUCAACAUCUUUGUCUGCUUCUGGGACCAGCGACUGGCUGUAGCCAUCCUGACAGGCAUCAACCUGCUGGUUUACGUGGCUGACACGGUGUAUUUAGUCCGAGAAGCUCUUGUAGGUGGCUCAGAUGGUAGAGAAUCUGCCUGA